GGUUGGCAACACUGCCACAGUCCUCGGAGUUUGUAAACAAACCAACAACUCGCAUGACUACAUAAACUGAAACGUCGCCAAAUCACUUCAUAAAACAGAUGGGCGUUCUAUAUCAAGAUGCCGAAAGGCCUUCGAAAAGUAAGAUGGAGGGAAGUGACUCCUUUUAUGUGCAAGGUCAACAGAUAAUGAGUGUCAAUACAUUUGUCAGAGAAAUAGAGAGUCUUCGAAUCCACAGAGAAGCAGAGGGUCCUCUAAUCAGACACACAGACAAUAAGAUAUUUGCGAGUCAUAUGCUGCCAGUGGUCCUUGUGGAGAUAGAUACCCCAUCAGUAAUUAGGCGGAAAAUUGCAGCUUUGAAAAAAGGUAGCUUGACUGUUCGUAAUAGGAUUGUUUCAUCAUCAGAAAGUGAAGAAGAAGUGGAUGGUCAUAAGCUACCAGUCGUAAGUUCUUCCAGAACACUAACCUCAGCACCUCCAGUAGCUUCCUCUCAUAUUUCCAAUCACAGUGAUGGACCAGAUUCUGAGACCAAUUUUUCUGAGGAUGAUUUUCUUCCUGAUCUUUCAGAUCCCUCUUAUGACAUUCACAAGAGAAGCACCCCAAAAAAAACAAAGUUGCUCAAAGGUCAUCCAGAUAAGAAAAGUGACUAUAUCAAAAAGAGGUUGAAGACAACAAAAAUUUUCAAAGGGAGUGAUGGGAAGUUGAUGAAAGCAGCAAAGCAGAAUUGCUUGGCAAAACAAAAGAUGUUUGCCAUAAGUCCUAAAGAUAAAAGAGUAUUUAAGAGUGGUCAAGAGAAUGACAAAACAGCACUGACAGGUGAGCAGCAAAAGGAUAACAAAAUUCACGAAUACAAAGCUAAGCCAUCAUUUUCAACUGCACAUCAUUUUAAAACAACAGGAAUAGCAGAGCUCAAACCUUUUGCUAAAUCUCCUAAAGAUGUUGAACGAAAACUGACCACUUCCAUUGAUUUAAGGCAUGUCAGUGAUUUACAGGAAAAAAAUAGAGGAAAUAACAAAGAAGAAGCAGUUGAAAAAAGAAGUCAAUUACGCAUUCUUCUGCAGAAACGAUUGGAGUCGCCUCCGCCAGUGAGUCCAUUGAAAAGUUGUGAAUCUCCUAAAGAUCCUGAACCUGAGAUUGAGAGUUUGUCUGGGGAAAUGAAUGUUUCACAAGAAACCAGUAAUUGUAAUUAUGAUUCAGAUGAUACUAUCAUUUUUGAAGAGGACUCUCCAGGGGAUUCUGGUACAAAAAAGAGAAAAAAUUCUGAUGACAAAGAUGACAACAAAAAGUUGAAAACUGCAGCUGAAUCAUCACAUGGCCUUAGAAUUGUGCCAUCUCCCAUUCCUUUUAUUGAACAGUCCUCAUAUAAUAGAGAAGCUGAUGGAGAGCAACAAAUCAAAAUCCAGCAAGUUGAAGGAGGUGUUACUGAUGCUUUUGAAAGUUCAGACCCUUCAUCAAAUCCUGAAAUUAAGAAAUUGAAAUUGUUAAAAGUAAAAAUGGAGAUGAAAACAGCCCUUGAAAAAAGAUUGAGCACUGCCAAAAAGAUCCAUGAAGAAAACUUGAGGAAGGAAAAGGCUGCAUAUGAAAGACGAAUUAGAGCAGAAGAAAGAAGGUACCAAAGUGAAGUUACCGUCAUUGAAAAUAAAAAGCAGAAGCUCGAUGUUGAGAUCAAUUCAAUAUUAGUGUAUGGCGAGGAGAACAUUGAGAGUGGGACUGCGGAUGCUUCUCCUACAUUAUCUGUUGUCUUGGCAGUACCACAUGAAGAUAGUUCACAGCCAGAAGUUAAGCCAGCAGAGGGACUUGAGGCAAGACUGUCAAAAGCAAAGCUGAACAUCAUACCAGAUGCCUGUGUUUCCAGAUUUGGAACAUUGCCGAACUUGGUGCCAGCCACUUCCUGCACUGUUGGUUCAGGUGUUCCACCAUUGCAAGUGGGAAACACAGCUCCUGGUUAUAAUAAUGUUAAUGUUGAAGAGCCCCAUCCAAAGCCUAAAAGGGGUAGACCCAGGAAAAUCAAACCAGUACCUAUGUUGGAUGUUAUGUCAUUACCUCCAGCACAAUCUGUAGGACCAGUAACUGCACCUAGUCAGCCAGUGAUGUUUAAACAAAAGACAGUUCAGCCAUGCCCAAAUGUGGUUGUAUCAUCAGAUGGUGCCAUUCACAACAAGUCUUAUGAUACUGUAAGGUCUCCUCAGAAACAAAUUCACCCAAAACUAAGUAACUCUACAGUGCUUCCUUCGCCUGCAUUGUUUUCCCAUGAUAUAAAAACAUCAGUCUCUUCAACUACAUCCCCAAUCUUAGUACAAAUAUCUCCAGCAUUCCAGUCUCCGAAUACGCCACAAAUACACCUACCUCCUCAAUUCCAGACUCCAAACUCCGGGGUGUUAUUUGUUUCAUCACAGGGAGGCAUUCCAGUUUCUGGACCUGUUAUUGUAAAUGCUAUGAGCCCUGCCAUCACAGAUAGUCAAAGGAUAAGCUUCACUGAAAAGCCGGCUUCUGUUGCACAGUCUCUCAGCUCAAGUACCCCUUUACUUUCUAUACCAAGUACAACACAGCUUUCAAGUGCCUCACAGACAUCAGCCUAUGUCUCUACAGGUAUGGGAGGUGCAACUAGACUGACACAGCACCAGAAGUCUCACCUCUUGGUUGCUGCACAACCAGCUAUUACAAGUGGUUCAGCUACGCAAGCCAAACCUCUGCCCUCCAACUCGAGUGUCAUUACUUCUCAUCCAGUAACUAAAACGGGAGCAGUUUAUGGUGAAACAUCAAAACGCUUGACUUUAUCCAAAGCAGACCACUUUAGCCCAAAUGAAGAAGAAAGGUCAUCAUCACCAGAGGCAGAGCAAUCAUGCUUUUUAUGUGGGUCUCCUGGCGAGUUUGUGUGCUGCAACAGCAUUGUGUACUGUAGUGCAGACUGCAAGAGUAAAGACUGGGGUAGACAUUCAGGAGAAUGUGCUCACAGCAGUAGCAAGCUUGGUCCUCUCAACUACUACAUGACAUUUGCCAGUAAGUUUGAGAAGAAAUUUUCUUAUAAAGAAAGGAAGUUCGUACGACAAGAAUUAUUGGGACGAUGCUCCCUCUACCCCUUCAAUUAAUAUACUGGUUCCACUUGGUGUGACUCAGACCACAAUACUGUAUAGCCAUUUUCAAGAGAUCCUACAGAUAAAAUCUAAGUUAACAUAACUUUCUAGCCUUAACUAAACUGUACUUUAUAUCUCAAUCAAAUUAAGAGAAUUAUAAAAAAAUUUAUCACAUCUAAAAACGUAACAAUGUAACUGGUAAGUAAUAAAAUUUGGUAAGAUGCUAUCGAGAAAUAUAAUGGUGAUAGGACCAGACAACAUAAUAAAGGAACAAAAUAAAACAUUGAUAAUGAUGAUGAUAAUGCCGACAUCUCCACCUUUUCUGAAAUUUCUAGUCAUGCUGAGUGGAAAAGAUACAAUUAAGGAAUAGGAUGUAAAACCAUGUAUGUGAGAAAAGAUACAUUAAAAAAUAGGAUGUAAAACCAUGUGUGAGAUAAGAAGUAAUUCUUACUUAAACAUUGCUGAAGAGAGAACCACAAAAUGUUUAGGAGCCACUAACAGAAACUAGUCAAGCUUGUUCGCUUCCUUACUCUGGCACUUUAAUCUGAAUCUAAGCGAUUUGCAGACAAUCCCUAAAUAUGCUCCCACCCCAUAUUUCCAAACUUGAUCAAUGCAGAAAUAUCAAUCUAAAAUCUUUUAUAUCAUAUAUAAGCAGAGAUUAACUACACUUAGAUGACACUGGUUUAAAACAAACAAAAUACUGUAUCAUAUGGAUACAUUCAAGCAACAUUAGGUAAUUCUCUUGC